GUGAUAGGGCAAAAAUCGGGGGAAGAACAAAAGUAAAGAGCGAUGCCUACAUUAAAUCAAUUGAUUCGUCAUGGUAGAGAAGAAAAACGGCGCACGGACCGUACUCGAGCUUCGGAUCAAUGUCCCCAGAAGCAAGGAGUACGCCCGCGUGUACCAACGAGAACACCGAAAAAACCUAAUUCAGCUCCACGUAAGAUAGCCAAAGUACGGUUGAGCAAUCGACAUGAUAUAUUUGCUCACAUUCCGGGCGAAGGUCAUAAUUCGCAGGAACAUUCUAUAGUCUUAAUAAGAGGAGGUAGAGUGAAAGAUUCGCCAGGUGUGAAAUCCCAUUGUAUUCGAGGAGUCAAGGAUUUGUUGGGAAUUCCGGAUCGAAGAAAAGGGAGAUCAAAAUAUGGUGCAGAAAAACCAAAAUCGAUAUGAAUGGAAGAUGCCUCUGUAACUCUUUUUUCUCCAAUUUUCAGUACGAAGUUACUGGCUCUAAGAAGGCAAUUGCACCUUAGCCCAUGGACUGAUACGGAGACUACUCUACAGGGGAAAUCUCUUACUCGGCUAGAGCGGAUCCCGAGACUUCACCCGUUCCUUUAAACUGUUGGGCACUACAUUCUAUAACGAGAAUCACAAGGCCGGUCAACAAGGAACAACCUGGCAGAGUGUCCUGAGAUAACAAGGCUAAAGUGAGAACGCCCAGUGACGAGAGUGGCGACAUACGAGGAUCUAACCUCGACCAACGAGAGCGUAGCUGCUCGACCUCAGACAUAGGGAUUCUCGGACCGGAACAAUGGGAUUCGCUCGACAAGACUGAAACCUUCGCUUGCACCACUAGAGUCGUUCCGGCACUUUUAGUUGUUACCUUUAGUAGUGUAAACAACAUCCCUGAAACUAGCGCAUGCGAUAUCCCUCGGUGUCUUUAUGGUAACCAGCAUGCGUUAGGGAAACAGUAUAGUAAGACGAAGGCGAUCCCAGCAACGCAACUCAGGCAAGCGACUAAAGCAAGCCGAAGGCGAUCCCCAUAACUACAGGUGCUGGGGAUCGUUUGGCAUAACGCUCUAACGCAAGUCGUUAUGGCGCUUUGGAACACUGCCGAUCGCCGCCUCUUGCAAGCAACCCUCGGUCACAAAUGGGAAAAAUCAUACGCUAUCAUAGGCGCUUCUAAUUUCUUUGGAGAUUCUAAAUGCAGCAUGUGCUGAAACCCGCCUAGCUACUUACUACUCUACUUAACUUAAAAUGAAAAAAAAAAUUGAAUUCAAAUUGGUCGAGAAAAAGAACCGCUAGUCGGAAUUUGGGGAAAGAUAGAGAGCUCUCUAGGCUCUCCUGAUCAAAUUGAGAGUUCGCUUUGCCAGUCCAUGAAUAUGUCGCACCCAGCAGUUCGAGGAGUUGGCCAGAUACGGAUCGAAGCCCUGCCUCGAAAAAGUCAGGACUUUUGGGCAGAUUCCAGUAUCCGACCCAUCUCUUUCUGCCGAUUCCCCGGGUUGUCGGAAUCUCUGGUUCGAUCAGGACCAGGAGUCCCAUUCAUUCGUUUAUGGGAGCGACUCUCUGUUCCCAUUCUCCACCGGGUCAUCAAGUGAUUAGCCAGCUCAAUCCAUUUUUCCAUCCGAUGAUCUUCACCCUAGGACUGACUCUGUUCGACCUGCCUUGAUUGCCUAGCUAAUGCUACCGUCGCAAGCAACCUCUACUAACGCUAUAGUUGCAGCAAAGCAAGCUCUAGAGGGGUUUUAAUGGUCCCAUUUCAUUUUCAUGUAUGGAACUUCUGAUACCUGCAACAGAGUAAAAGCUGCGGUAAUGCUUGCUCUCCUGGUCAAUAGGCUAUUCAAACCAAUCCCCUAAGCUGUUACUGCAAGAGCUGCAGAUCUGAUCCUAGAAUAGAAGCUCAACCAGUUGCCGGUACUCUUUCAUCAGCUGUGGGAUGCUUAGACGGUACUAGUGCUUGAGUAAGCGGUGCUCCCUUUCUGUUUGCAAUUACCGCUGCAAAAUAGUCAUCCCUAAAGCUGUUUUCAAAUUCAAAUAGGUUGUAGAAUAGGUUGUUCUCGAAUAAGCUCUUUGAAAGAUAACUGAAUGCGUUUAGUCCUUUGGGGAUGGGUCUGCGCGCAGGUAGCAUUUUUGAGGAAGUGAAGACGAAUAGUCGAGUUGCCUGCUUGACUGCUUUCAUCUCCUGAUGUCAGAAAAGGUGUUCUAU